GAAAGUGGCCGCAGUCUUGCAGCUUGCAUCUAGGGCCCCAUGGCUGCACCGAGCCCCACCGCAGAGCUCCCCAGUGAAGCCUCCUGCCCCAUCUGCCUGGAGUAUUUCAGAGACCCCGUCUCCAUCCAUUGUGGUCAUAAUUUCUGCCGGGAGUGCAUCACCCGCUGCUGGGAGUGGUGCACGGUGAAUUUCUCCUGCCCACAGUGCCAGGAGACUGCACCGGAGAGAAACUUGCGGCCCAGCCGGGAGCUGGCACGGGUGCUUGAAAUAGCCAAGCGGCUGAGUUUGCAGGCAGCCAGAGGCGAGACCGUUGAGGAGGAAGGAUGUGAGAGGCACCAGGAGCCUCUGAAGGUCUUCUGCAAAGACGAUGAAGCCAUCAUCUGUGUGAUCUGCCGGGAGUCCCGAGCGCAUCGGGCUCACACGAUGCUUCCUGUGCAGGAAGCUGUCCAGGAAUACAAGGGACAAAUCCAGGCUCGUCUGCAAGCCCUCAAGGAAGACAGAGACAAACUCCUGGGGAUUCGAGAGGUGGAAAUGAGGAGAAACUGGGAAUACUUAGAGAAGACCGAAGCUGAGCGGCAGAGGGUUUUCUCCAAGUUUGAAGGGUUGCGUCUCUUCCUGGAAGACCAUGCACAUCAUCUGCUGGCUCAGCUGGGAGACCUGGAGAGGGAUGUUGAGAAAAUGCAGGAAGAAAACAUCACUAGUCUGACAAAGGAGAUAUCUCAUCUGGAUACCUUGAUCCAGGAGAUGGAGGAGAAGUGCCAGCAACCAGCAAGCAAAUUCCUGCAGGAUAUCAGAGGCACCUUGAGCAGGUUUGAACUGGAAAAUUUCCAGCAGCCCCCGUUGCUUCUUCCAGAGCUGGAAAAGAAAAUCAAUCACUUCAGGGAGAAAAGUAUUGCUCUAGAGGAGACUCUGAGGAGCUUCCAAGACAUCCUGAUGUUUGAACAGCCUGAAAAGAUGAAGGUGACCCUGGAUCCAUCCACGGCUCAUCCCCAGCUCAUUGUGUCAGCGGAUGGGAGGAGUGUGAGGUGGGAAGAAGCCCAGCAGGACCCAUCUGCUGAGGGGUUUGGCAUCGAUCCCUGUGUGCUGGGCUGCGAGGGCAUCACAUCAGGGAGAUGCUGCUGGGAGGUGGAGGUGACACCCCAAGGCUCCUGGGCCGUGGGGGUGGCCAGGGAGUCCCUGAAGAGGAGGGAAGAUGCUGCUGUGAGCCCUGAGAUGGAGCUCUGGUCUAUGGGGCUCUGUGAAGGUCAGUUUUGGGCUCUGACCUCCCUUGAGCGUAUCCCACUAUACCAGAUCCAGGUCCCCAGAAGGGUCCGGGUCUCUCUGGACUAUGAGAAGGGUCAGGUGGCAUUUUUUGAUGCCGAUAAGAGGGCCUUGAUAUUCACUUUCCCAGCAGCUUCAUUUAAAGGGGAAAGUGUUCAUCCCUGGUUCCUGGUGUGGAGUGAGGGAUCCCAGAUCACACUGUGUCCCUGAAGCUCUCCUUUCUUACGCUAAACACAAGAUUUACAUCCCCAACAUCUGUUUCUAGCACUUUGGAUGACUUCUGUCUACUAAUUUCCUAUCUGGCCUUUCUGGCCUCUUUCCAUUCUCAGUGAUCCCAAAGGGUCCCAAAUUUUAAUGCCCAAAUUGGGGCAUCAGUGGCUGACAAAUGGAGCCAUGUCUGCCCCACAGUGUCUUGCACCAGCUUGACUGCUCCUCUCUUCUCUUAUGGUUUUAGAUGAAGUAAAAAG